GCGGGGUGAGGGGUCGGUAAAUAUUGGUGACGUCACACCGCCAAGAUGGCGGAGGGGGAGGAUGGCGGCUGGUGGCGGAGCUGGCUCCAGCAGAGCUACCAGGCCGUCAAGGAGAAGUCCACGGAGGCUUUGGAGUUCAUGAAGAGGGACCUGGCUGAGUUCACACAGGUGGUGCAGCACGACACGGCCUGCACCAUCGCCGCCACGGCCAGCGUGGUCAAGGACAGGCUGGCAAGGGCAGAGGGCUCAGGUGCCACAGAGAAGGUGAGGAAGGGCCUGUCUGACUUUUUGGGGGUCAUCUCGGACACCUUCGCUCCCUCUCCGGACAAGACCAUAGACUGUGACGUUAUCACCCUGAUGGCAACACCCUCGGGCACCACCGAGCCCUACGACAGUGCCAAGGCUCGUCUCUACAGCCUCCAGUCCGACCCAGCCACCUACUGCAACGAGCCCGAUGGCCCUGCUGAGCUGCUCGAGGCCUGGCUGGCUCAGUUCAGCCUGGAGGAGAAGAAAGGGGAGAUUGCAGAGCUGCUGGCCACCAGCCCUUCCAUCAGGGCACUCUACACCAAAAUGGUGCCUGUGGCUGUUUCCCACCUGGAGUUCUGGCAGCGCUACUUCUACAAACUGCAUUGCCUGGAGCAGGAUGAAGCCCGGAGGGAGGCUCUGAAGCAGCGAGCAGAGCAGAGCAUGCAGCAAGAGGAGCCAGGCUGGGAGGAGGAUGAAGAGGAGUUCUUGGGGAUGUCCCCCCUGCCUUGUGCAACCAUCACGUUUCCAGGAGCAGCACAGAAAGCACCCAGCCCAGAGGGACACCAGGCUGCUGCCCCCAAGGCUCCCUGUGGGCAGAGCUGGGCUGUGCUGCCCCCAGAGCAGGUGCCAGGGGAGCAGAGCCCCUCGGAGAGCAGCGACAGCGCGUCCCUUGUCACUCAGAUUGCAAACCCUGCCCCUGUGCCUGCCACCCAGCUACAGACUGCAGCUGCAGCCCCAGAGCUCUGCCAGAGGCUGGUGGAGGCCACCUUGGAGGAGCAGAGCUCGCUGCCAAAGCCCCCAGAAGCUGCUCAGCCUUGUGCACCUGGCCAGCCCUCAGCAGCAUCCUCGGAGGGGGCAGCUGGAACAGAGCCCAGAGAGCUGCAGAGCAAAGGGCAGGGCAGGACAGAGACUCUGAGGGAGGAGGGACCCACGGACCUGAGAGUCUUCGAGCUCAACUCGGACAGCGGCAAAUCCACGCCCUCCAACAACGGCAAGAAAGGCUCCAGCACGGAUAUCAGCGAGGAUUGGGAAAAGGACUUUGAUCUGGACAUGACAGAGGAGGAGGUGCAGCUGGCACUGUCCAAGGUGGAAAUGUCUGGGGAGCUGGAAGAUGAAGAGUGGGAAGACUGGGAAUAAAGCAGCUGCUUGCA